AUGAGCCUGUCAUGCUACAGAGACAAGAGGAGCCUGUCAUGCUACAGAGACAAGAGGAGCCUGUCAUGCUACAGAGACAAUAGGAGCCUGUCAUGCUACAGAGACAAUAGGAGCCUGUCAUGCUAUAGAGACAAGAGGAGCCUGUCAUGCUACAGAGACAAGAGGAGCCUGUCAUGCUACAGAGACAAGAGGAGCCUGUCAUGCUACAGGGACAAUAGGAGCCUGUCAUGCUACAGAGACAAUAGGAGCCUGUCAUGCUACAGGGACAAUAGGAGCCUGUCAUGCUACAGAGACAAUAGGAGCCUGUCAUGCUACAGGGACAAUAGGAGCCUGUCAUGCUACAGGGACAAUAGGAGCCUGUCAUGCUACAGGGACAAUAGGAGCCUGUCAUGCUACAGGGACAAUAGGAGCCUGUCAUGCUACAGAGACAAGAGGAGCCUGUCAUGCUGCAGAGACAAUAGGAGCCUGCCAUGCUACAGGGACAAUAGGAGCCUGUCAUGCUACAGGGACAAUAGGAGCCUGUCAUGCUACAGAGACAAGAGGAGCCUGUCAUGCUACAGAGACAAGAGGAGCCUUAAUAGCUACAGGGACAAUAGGAGCCUGUCAUGCUACAGAGACAAGAGGAGCCUGUCAUGCUGCAGAGACAAUAGGAGCCUGUCAUGCUACAGGGACAAUAGGAGCCUGUCAUGCUGCAGAGACAAUAGGAGCCUGUCAUGCUACAGAGACAAUAGGAGCCUUAAUAGCUACAGAGACAAGAGGAGCCUGUCAUGCUGCAGAGACAAGAGGAGCCUGUCAUGCUACAGAGACAAGAGGAGCCUGUCAUGCUACAGAGACAAGAGGAGCCUGUCAUGCUACAGAGACAAUAGGAGCCUGUCAUGCUACAGAGACAAGAGGAGCCUGUCAUGCUGCAGAGACAAUAGGAGCCUGUCAUGCUACAGGGACAAUAGGAGCCUGUCAUGCAACAGGGACAAUAGGAGCCUGUCAUGCUACAGAGACAAGAGGAGCCUGUCAUGCUACAGAGACAAUAGGAGCCUGUCAUGCUACAGAGACAAGAGGAGCCUGUCAUGCUACAGAGACAAGAGGAGCCUGUCAUGCUACAGAGACAAUAGGAGCCUGUCAUGCUACAGAGACAAUAGGAGCCUGUCAUGCUACAGAGACAAUAUGAGCCUGUCAUGCUGCAGAGACAAGAGGAGCCUGUCAUGCUACAGGGACAAGAGGAGCCUGUCAUGCUACAGAGACAAUAGGAGCCUGUCAUGCUACAGAGACAAUAGGAGCCUGUCAUGCUACAGAGACAAUAGGAGCCUGUCAUGCUGCAGAGACAAGAGGAGCCUGUCAUGCUACAGAGACAAUAGGAGCCUGUCAUGCUACAGAGACAAGAGGAGCCUGUCAUGCUACAGAGACAAGAGGAGCCUGUCAUGCUACAGAGACAAGAGGAGCCUGUCAUGCUACAGAGACAAUAGGAGCCUGUCAUGCUACAGGGACAAGAGAAGCCUGUCAUGCUACAGAGACAAGAGGAGCCUGUCAUGCUGCAGAGACAAUAGGAGCCUGUCAUGCUACAGAGACAAUAGGAGCCUGUCAUGCUACAGGGACAAGAGGAGUCUGUCAUGCUACAGAGACAAUAGGAGCCUGUCAUGCUACAGGGACAAGAGGAGCCUUAAUAGCUACAGAGACAAUAGGAGCCUGUCAUGCUACAGAGACAAGAGGAGCCUGUCAUGCUGCAGAGACAAGAGGAGCCUGUCAUGCUACAGGGACAAUAGGAGCCUGUCAUGCUACAGAGACAAGAGGAGCCUGUCAUGCUACAGGGACAAUAGGAGCCUGUCAUGCUACAGAGACAAGAGGAGCCUGUCAUGCUACAAAGACAAGAGGAGCCUGUCAUGCUACAGAGACAAGAGGAGCCUGUCAUGCUACAGAGACAAUAGGAGCCUGUCAUGCUACAGGGACAAGAGGAGUCUGUCAUGCUACAGAGACAAGAGGAGCCUUAAUAGCUACAGAGACAAUAGGAGCCUGUCAUGCUACAGGGACAAUAGGAGCCUGUCAUGCUACAGAGACAAGAGGAGCCUGUCAUGCUACAGAGACAAGAGGAGCCUGUCAUGCUACAGAGACAAGAGGAGCCUGUCAUGCUACAAAGACAAGAGGAGCCUUAAUAGCAACUAAACAAUACAACCUGUACAGAUGUUGCUCACAAUUUUCCUGCAUAGCAGGAAAUGCAAACUUGAGUUUUAUCACGGCCGGUUGUGAUACAGCCUGGAAUCGAACCAGGGAGUCUGUAGUGACGCCUCAAGCACUGAGAUUCAGUGCCUUAGACCGCUGCGCCACUCGGGAGCCCAGAUAUGGUUGUUAUGCUUUUCCAAAGCACACAAAGCUGCAUCUCAAAUGGCACUUUAUUCCAUAUAUAGCUAGUGAACUACUUUUGACCAGAGCCCUAUCAAAAGUGGUCAAAAGUAGUGCACUAUACAAGGAAUAGGGUGUAAUUUGCGAAUCCAAUAACAGUAUCGGACAUUUGUCUCUUCAGAUAAUGGGACAAUAACAGCUAUCUAG